GGAGACCGGGUCUGGGAGGGAGGAAGGUGGCAAGAUGGUGUUGGAAAGCACUAUGGUUUGGUGAGGAUACUCAGUCUCAGCACUUUUGAAUGAUUUACCCACAGUCACGCAGCUAACUUAGUGGUGCAGCCAAGAUUUAAAGCGUGGACAACAGCGAGUAUAUGCGGAAUGGGGACUUCUUACCCACCCGGCUGCAGGCCCAGCAGGACGCUGUCAACAUAGUAUGUCAUUCCAAGACCCGCAGCAACCCUGAGAACAACGUGGGCCUCAUCACACUGGCCAAUGACUGUGAAGUACUGACCACACUCACCCCUGACACCGGCCGCAUCCUGUCCAAGCUCCAUACUGUCCAACCCAAGGGCAAGAUCACCUUCUGCACUGGCAUCCGAGUGGCCCAUUUGGCUUUGAAGCACCGACAGGGCAAGAAUCACAAGAUGCGCAUCAUUGCCUUUGUGGGGAGCCCUGUGGAGGACAACGAGAAGGAUCUGGUGAAACUGGCAAAACGCCUCAAGAAGGAGAAAGUAAAUGUUGACAUUAUCAAUUUUGGGGAAGAGGAAGUGAACACGGAAAAGCUGACAGCCUUUGUGAACACGUUGAAUGGCAAAGAUGGAACUGGUUCUCAUCUGGUGACAGUGCCCCCGGGGCCCAGCCUUGCUGAUGCCCUCAUCAGUUCUCCGAUUCUGGCUGGGGAAGGCGGUGCCAUGCUGGGUCUUGGUGCCAGUGACUUUGAAUUUGGAGUGGAUCCCAGCGCUGACCCUGAGCUGGCCCUGGCCCUUCGCGUGUCUAUGGAAGAGCAGCGGCAACGGCAGGAGGAGGAGGCCCGUCGGGCAGCCGCAGCCUCCGCUGCUGAGGCUGGGAUUACUCCGACUGGGACUGAAGGUGAAAGAGACUCAGACGACGCCCUGCUGAAAAUGACCAUCGGCCAGCAGGAGUUCAGCCGCACCGGGCUCCCUGACCUAAGCAGCAUGACUGAGGAAGAGCAGAUCGCUUAUGCCAUGCAGAUGUCCCUGCAGGGCGCAGAGUUUGGCCAGGCAGAAUCAUCUGACAUUGAUGCCAGUUCAGCCAUGGACACAUCUGAGCCCGCCAAGGAGGAGGAUGAUUACGACGUGAUGCAGGACCCUGAAUUCCUGCAGAGUGUCCUAGAGAACCUUCCAGGUGUGGACCCCAACAAUGAGGCCAUUCGAAAUGCCAUGGGCUCCCUGGCCUCCCAGGCCACCAAGGAUGGCAAGAAGGAAAAGAAGGAGGAGGACAAGAAAUGAGACUGGAGGGGAGGGGAGCUGAGUUUACUCGGGGGCUGCACAGGGUGGGUGGGAUAUAGGGCUAGAUAUGUUAACCAACACAACCUAAAUAAAGCUUGGCAACUUU